CCGCCCGCGGGCUCGGGGCAGCGCCUGCCCGGCGCUCCUCAGGCCGGGGCAGCCCGGGGCCCCUCUGACAGAGCCUCCCUCAGCCGAGGACGCGCAGCCUGCCCUCCGUGUUCCCCUCACAGCCGUGCUGCUGUUCGUGGCUGCCCCUGGCUCUCCGCCGCCUUGCCCCUCGGGCCCAGGCGCCUUCUCAGCGCUGGUGCAGUGCACGUUGAUGGUUAAUAGCAGUACACCCAACAAAACAUGAAGACUAAAACCAAAGGAAAGAAGCCAAGGCAAACCGUUGAUAAAGAAACAUUUUCCGAAGAGCCGGCAAUGAGGAAAAAGGAACUGGUGAAAUGUUUGCGACACAAAGAAAGGAGGAAUGGGGGAAACAAGGAGAGCAGCAAGAUGCCCACAGGCAGAGCCAAGCGUCCUUGGAGCAGUAAGGACAGGCUUUUGAGGAGACUGGAGAGCAACGAGCGYGAGAGGCAGAGGAUGCACAAACUCAACAACGCCUUCCAGGCUUUGCGCGAGGUGAUCCCUCACGUCAGAGCUGAGAACAAGCUCUCCAAAAUAGAGACCCUCACGCUGGCCAAAAAUUACAUUAAAUCCUUGACCUCCAUCAUACUCAAUAUGUCCAACGGACACUUUCCAGCAGUAGAAGGGAUGGGGGGAGCCUGGGGGUCCAAACUGUACCAGCAUUAUCAACAGCAACAUGGGGAGGGUGACCAUGAGGAUCAUCUGCAGAAAUAUUCCACAUAGAUUCSUAACUUCAGCCAAAACACCAACCCCCAGCUGCUACUGUGAUUGUUUUUCCUUCUUACAGCAUUAUACAUCAUUACCUAGAAGUUUAAAGAGAUUAUUUUUGUCUCUGGUCUCCCCUAAUUUUUUUCUUAACAAGACAACCACUCAUUGCUGUAGUUUAUAUGGCACAUUCAAAAAAAUAUCUUAAACCAUCAGAAUUUUUUGGAGCAUAAUGAAUGUAUUUGUGUGGUGUGCCAGGGUCUGGAAACCUAUCCUAUAACACUGCAGUUGASUUGAAAAUAGCCAUUUAGUAGCUUCUGAAAAUUGCCCUCCCUGGAGUAGUGAGUUGAGCYUUUCAGGUCUGUGUCACCUGAGUUGUCUGGAGUUUUUUGAGAUCUUGGCUGUAGCUCUGYUCACCUUUCAGGGACUCAUCUGCUGUGCUCCAGAGAAGAUUAAAAUUGAUGACAGCAUUUGACUGACUGGGUGACUGAAGGGGCACGUAUGGGAAAUCAGUCACCAAAUCUGAAUAUUUAUCUUGGUAUUUAACUUCUAUGGAUCUGCUCUCAUAAUUUUAAACUUUGCAAGGCAUAAAAUCAUCCAUUGAURCAAACAUCUGCAAAGCUUUCUUAGAUUGUAAACUCUCCAGAGUAAGGACAGUUCUGAUCCUUGUUUCCAGAGCAUCUGGCCUCAUGAAGGUUUUCUUUAGUGGCUGUCUGGGUGCCAUUGUAAUACAAACAAUAAAUAGGAGACAAAUUAUUUACUUCUGCCAAAACAACGAUAAAAAUGCUUUAGCAUAGUCUUAAGUUGGACAAUGAUCUGGCCAAUUUAAAUUAUUUGCUUUUGAAGCCUGUGAUUUGAUCAGGUUCUUUCUGCGUUAGUGUUAGAUUCUGACAGCAUAAAACAAUAAAUGAAGCAGAACAUCUUCAAAAAGGUAA